GGCGUUUCGAAUUCGCAGAUGUCGUCUUCUGUCUCUGUUCCACCUCAUCCGUCCAUCUUUUCCUCUCUCUCGCCCAGCCUGUGCUCAUAUCCCUCUGUUUCUCGGUCCCUCCCUUCCGCAGGCCUCCAUCCACUCGCGCUCGUCCCUCGCGAUGCGGUUCCUUCUCUGCCUUGUCGGUGCCCUCCUGCUGGUCGGCAGUGUGCACGCAGAGGAACUCAUCGACUACGGCAAUUGGUGUGGCGUUCGCAACACACAGGACGAUGAGAACUACCGCUGUAUUGACGGCGUGGACUGCGCUUGUCGUCAGCACGACCUCUGCAUAGAACGCCACCUCAAGGAUGGGUACACAUUAGAGCUACACAAAUGCAGCUGGUACGUACGUAAGGCGAGAGGAAGCAAGCCGCGCACUUCUCAUGUUUUCGCGUCGCGUGUUUGUUUCAGUGACAAGGACUUCCUCAAAGCCCUCCCUGGCGCAUCGUGUUCGAAACCGAAGUGCCCCGUAUACAAAGAGGCUGCCAUUGAGCUGUUCCGCCGCAAGCCGUGUAUAGAAUACAAGCGCCCCUGUAUCAUGGGACACUGUACCGAGAUUCCCGUUCCGGGUGUGGGCGGGACAGCAGCUACGGGGCCUUCGACAGAAUCGGUAGUCGACGAUGCUAAGGACGCUGUCGAUGCCGCUAGGGACGCCGUCAAAGACGUCGCCGAUGUCGCCAACGACGCCGCCAAGCGUGGUCGAGAUGCCAUCAGGAACGUCGCCCCUCGGGUGCCAAAAAAACCCUGGUAGAUGGAUGCCUGCAGGAUCGCUUGGCCGGUGGGUACUGACCGUACACUGAGUACAGACAGAAACACUUGUUGUGUGCCUUUUUUUAAUGGUGGUGUAUAUACGUGUUCUGUCGUAGCGCUUUGUUUUGACUGUCUGUCUUUUCCCAUUCCAAAUCGUGUGUGUAUGUGUAGGUAGUACGUGAAGGUAGGUAGAAGACAGGUCGAU